ACACACUGCAAAUGCAGGCGUCAGUUAGUGUAUUAGCACGAGCAGUGGAGCUUGACAGGAAGAAGCGGUACACAGAAGCGGCCAUAUGUUAUCAGGAAGGGAUACAGCUGUUACUCAACGUUUUAAAAGAAGAAAAAAAUGAUGCUGUUAAGAAAGGAGUACGAGAAAAAAUAGAAACGUAUAUGUCCAGAGCAGAAGAAUUAAAGAAAAUUGUUGAAGAACAGAAGAAAGCUGGAAAAUUUCAUGAGGAGAUUCAAAUUGAUGACGAUUCAACAGGGCACAGCUAUGAACACACAUUUGGCCGGUUUUUGGACAAGAGUGUCCAUCGUGUUGAGGUUGAUGACCCUUAUAUUAGGAUUAACCAUCAGAUUUUAAACUUUUUACGCUUUUGUGAGCUUGUCAUUAAAAAGUGCCCGUCACUGAAGACUGUUGUUCUAACUACAGGACAAGAUGAGAAAAGUGUGGAUCAGCAGACAAGUGCUUUAGAAGAAUUGGCAAGAAGUUUAUUGCAAUAUGGAGUGAAAUUAAUUGUACAGUAUUCAUCAACGUUACAUGAUAGAGCAAUAAGGUUAGAUAGCGGAUGGAUUAUCAAGAUUGGGCGUGGUUUAGACUAUUUCAAGCCAACCAAAUCAAGAUUGUCCAUUGGCUAUUGUGAUAUGCACUUCAGGAAAUGUCACGAAACAACAAUUAAUAUAUUUCAUGAGAUACAAUCAUAGCCAGAGGAAAAUGUGCGGCGUAAGCCCGGUACUGACUGACAUGCGAUUGCAGGCUGACGAAUCCAUCCGCAUUUUCUGUGAGUGAUUGAGGAUGCAAAGGUGUCUGUUGAAUAUCAGCGGUAUGAGCAGAUUAAAAAUGGUCCGUUGGGCACAUGCCGCAUUGCAUCGUGUUCGCCAUCAAAUAAUGUCAACCGAUGACUGUCGGAUUAGUGCACGCCUGGUUUGAAGCUAUGAUUAUGCCAAAUGAUUCUAGGCCAAGUGCUUCUGUAAGCAUGGCCAACCAAUUAAAGGCCAAGCGGUUCAUCGCUGAGCAGUUUUUGACCAAUCAGUUCUAAUGGACAACCAAAAUAAGCUGAUUUCUUUCCUAGCCAAUUCCACGGAUAUUACCGAAUUAUGUAUAUGUCUGUAAAAUCAUAUAUGUAUCUUUAUAUAAAAUUGUAUACUUUUUGGUAUGGUAAAUUGUCUGAAGCUCUGUCCACACUAUCAAAAUUUCAAGUGAGCAAUUUGUGUGAUGUGCCCAUAUAUGGGCAUGAUGAUGUUAUUACACCUAAUAUGGGCAUAUCACAGUACUCAACGAAAUGAACCAGUCGAAUAAGCCCUAUGUUAUCGUGCAACAGUUGACCUUUCUAAUUCCGGUGGAGGUCAUGUGUAGGUGGAUCGAUAUCUUAUGUGUGGUUAGUAACAGCAAAGAUACUAGAAACACAAGAUAGAAUUCUCCACAGAAAAAAACUGUUCCACCGAAAUGCAUGGUGGGAAUACAAACAAUAGGGCGCCGCAUACGGCUGGAUCUAAGAAACUUCUGCCACCGUUACAUAACUGUGAAUGCACAUUCUCCUUUUGUGGAGGUUGAAAUCGUUGCCAUUAUCCAUAAGGUACAAGCAAGUAGGCAUGAAUAAAUCAAAACAAUCAAAUGACAGACACAAAAGCGCAGAAUCGUAUGACUGGACUCUGAUUAGUGAUAAAGUUUUCCUCCAUUAGUGGAAAAAGAAGGGCGCAGUGUGCGUCUGGAUAUACCUAGCAACAGAAGGGCGCCCUAUACAUCUAGACCAAGUAUAGAAAAAUUGCAUUAUAAAGAGAAGGUCGCCGCGUACAUCUGGACCAAUUUCCACCUCAUUUUUGCUAUGCGAGUUCUCUAUCUUGUAUUUCUAGUAUCUUUGAAUGUGCCCAUAUAUGGGCAUAAUGAUGUCAUUACACCUAAAAUGGGCAUAUCACAGUUUUUUGUCACAUAAUAUUUGAUAGUGUGGACUUCAGAUUUUGACUUGGUAAUUUCUUCUCUAAAAUUUCUUUUUAUAUAUUAAUUUGUAAAAAAAUUAACAAAACAGCAUAUCAGCUAAUGUAUUUUCUCUUUGAGUGGCUCAGCUGGCAAUAAAGAUAAAUUUUUAUAACUAGUAUGGAGUUAAUAUAUAAUUAAUGUAUGUGAAAAAGUAAUCAAAGUUUUUCAGCAGUUUAAGUAAAUCAGCUUGAUCAUUACCCUCACAUCCUCAUUAAAUACUGGUAUCAAGAA